AUGGCGGGCGUCGCUAAAGAAGCCGUUGUGCCCAUCGAGGCCGUGCUCUUGGGUCUUGCUGUUGCCUUCGUCUCCGCCCGAUUGUCACUUCGUCUCAUCCGCCAGCGCCAGGCCCUUACGAUCAGCGAUUGGAUUCUCAUUGUCGCUCUUCUCGAUGCCAUUGCUCUCUUCGCAACCGAUACCAUGGCGUACAACCUCGGCGGCAUGGACGAGUAUGACCCGGAUGCGCCUGAACCUUCGGUUGCGGACCAGAUCAAGCUGUUGAAGGUUUCCUUCGCGGGCAACUACUUUUAUGAUACCGGCAUAUACAUCCCCAAGUUUGCGCUUCUGGCCUUGUACUUCAAACUAGUCCCGCAGACUAUGCCGAUUCUACGCAAAGCUCUCUACGGCGUGACCGGGUUGACCGUGGCCUUUGCUAUUACAACAUGUUUCCUCGACACGUUCUGGUGUGGCCCCAAUGUGUCAGUCAACUGGGACUUGGACGGCACCUGUAGCACCUUUGAGUCCAAGAAUGUGUUCCGGAUUGACUGGGGAAUGAACUUUGUUUCAGACAUUCUGAUCUUCCUGAUCCCGUUCCCGCUCCUUCACGGCUUGCAGCUCAGCAGACGAUAUAUUGUCGGCCUCGUUGCUACCUUCUCAACUGGAAUUAUCACUAUUGGCGCCAGCGUGGGUAGAUUUGCCACGGUGGAGUCUAUCAAGGCCUGGACGAAUGUUUAUGUACUAUCCAUGACCGAGAUUGCAGCCGCCAUCUUGGUAGUUUCACUGCCUGCUUUGAAGUCGCUUCUUCAUCGCCGCGGAAUCAGCACAUCAAAAUACGGGACAGCCCAGUCCGGAUCAGCCGGGUUGAAUUACAGCAAACACCCAACUGCGAAUAGUCACUUCAAGCUUUCGUCUGGAAGGGACCCCUACCAGGCGACUACUACGACGGUGGCGGCCGAGAACGAUUCGGGGAGUGAAGUGGAACUGAACACCAUGAAACGAUCAGAUGUAAUUUACAAAUCGGAACGAGUGAGCGUGACCUAUCACCGCCGGGAUGAUACUAAGGACGAUGGGAACCGUGCAGGGUCUGGGUACUAG